CCGGGGCUGCUGCGGGCCGCGGGCGGACGAGCCCGAGUUGCGGGCUUUCUUUCCUUGGUGCUCCCGCUCUUUCUGCUUUCUUCCCUCCCCGGGCUCUUUCCACCGCCUCACCCUGCCCACCUUCCCGGUUGGGACUACACGCUGGGCGCCCAGACCGUGGGACCGAAAUUCUUGGUGGUAACCGCGAGAGAGGAGAGAGCCGGGAGAACUGGAGGAAACUGCUCUGAUCUGACUUGGCUUCAGCCGGGAGCUGACGCUGCACCGUAAUAAGCAGCCUUUCCUAAGCUCUCUCACAGGUUCCAAGAAGACUUGGCUGAGAUUCCGACACACCUGAGUCUGCUGGAAUGAUGACCUCAUGACCAGGUUGAUAGACAGUACUGCUUGUGUCUGUGACACAACUCUGGCUGCCCACGCUAAAGCACGAUGCUCCGGCAGGUGAAUGGUCACAGUUCAGGCUCUGAUGCCCAAGGUAGGGCAUCCCUCAAGGGAGAUCUCCAGGAGUUCCUGGGUGGGGAGGCCCCACUCCAUCAGCUGGAUGACCUCACCAAGGUGAAUCCUGUGACACUGGAAACAGUCCUGAGGUGCCUGCAGGCCCGGUAUACAGAAGACAUAUUCUAUACCAAUGCUGGCUGCACCCUGGUAGCUCUGAACCCCUUCAAGCCCAUCCCUGAACUCUACGCACCAGAGCUGAUGCUAGAGUACCAUGCUGCAUCUCAGCCUCAGAAAUUGAAACCCCACAUCUUCACAGUGGGUGAGCAGACCUACAGGAAUGUCAAGAGCCUGAUUGAGCCAAUCAACCAGUCCAUCGUGGUCAGUGGAGAGAGUGGAGCUGGAAAGACAUGGACAUCCCGCUGCCUGAUGAAGUUCUAUGCUGUGGUGGCCGCCUCCCCUACUUCCUGUGAGAAUCACAAGAUCGCAGAGAGGAUAGAGCAGCGGAUCCUGAACUCCAACCCUGUUAUGGAAGCUUUUGGGAACGCGUGCACACUGAGGAAUAACAACAGCAGUCGCUUUGGGAAGUUCAUCCAGCUCCAGCUGAACAGAGCCCAGCAGAUGACGGGAGCAGCGGUCCAGACCUACCUCCUGGAGAAAACGCGUGUGGCUUGUCAGGCCUCCAGUGAGAGGAACUUCCACAUCUUUUACCAGAUUUGCAAAGGAGCCACCCAGGAUGAAAGACUCCAGUGGUACCUCCCUGAGGGAGCUGCCUUCUCCUGGCUACCCAAUCCAGAAAAUAGUUUGGAAGAGGAUUGUUUCGAGUUGACCAGAGAGGCCAUGCUCCAUUUGGGCAUCGACACCCCCACCCAGAACAACAUCUUUAAGGUCCUUGCUGGACUGCUGCACCUUGGCAAUGUCCAUUUUGCUGACUCAGAUGAUGAAGCCCAGCCCUGCCAACUGAUGGAUGGUUCCAAAGCCUCUGUCAGGACAUCAGCCUCACUGCUGCAGCUCUCAGAGAACAUGCUGCUGGAGACUGUGCAGAUUCGAACCAUCAAGGCAGGCAAGCAGCAGCAAGUGUUCCGGAAGCCGUGCUCCCGAGCUGAGUGUGACACCCGCAGAGACUGUCUGGCCAAACUUAUCUAUGCACGGCUGUUCAACUGGCUGGUAUCAGUGAUCAACAGCAGCAUCUGUGCAGACUCCAACUCGUGGACUGCCUUCAUAGGUCUGCUAGAUGUGUAUGGGUUUGAGUCAUUCCCUGACAACAGUCUGGAACAGCUGUGCAUCAACUAUGCCAAUGAGAAGCUACAGCAGCACUUUGUGGCUCACUACCUCAAGGCCCAGCAGGAGGAAUAUGCACUUGAGGGCCUGGAGUGGUCAUUUGUCAACUACCAGGACAACCAGACCUGUUUGGAUCUCCUGGAGGGGAGCCCCAUCAGCAUCCUUUCCCUCAUAAAUGAGGAAUGCCGUCUUAAUCGGCCGAGCAGUGCAGCCCAACUCCAGACACGCAUCGAGAGUGCUCUGGCAGGCAAACCCUGCCUGGGCCCUAAUAAGCUCAGUCGGGAGCCCAGCUUUGUGGUUGUGCAUUUCGCAGGACCCGUGCGGUACCACACAGAAGGCCUGGUGGAGAAGAACAAGGACCCUGUUCCCCCUGAGCUGACUGGGCUCCUGCAGCAAUCCCAAGACCCUCUGCUCAUGAUGCUAUUUCCUACUAACCCUGAAGAGAAGACCCAGGAGGAGCUGUCUGGCCAGAGCAGGGCUCCUGCAUUGACUGUGGUAUCCAAGUUCAAGGCCUCGCUGGAACAGCUCCUGCAGGUCCUACAUAGCACAACACCCCACUACAUUCGCUGUAUCAAGCCCAACAGCCAGAGUCAGCCACAGACCUUCCUCCAGGAAGAGGUGCUGAGCCAGUUGGAGGCCUGUGGUCUUGUGGAGACCAUCCACAUCAGUGCUGCUGGCUUUCCCAUCCGGGUCUCUCACCAGAACUUCGUGGAACGAUAUAAAUUACUGAGACGGCUCCGACUUCGCACAUCCUCUGGUCUCUGGGGCUUGUGUUCUGCCAAAGGGCCCUCUGAGCCGCCUCUAUGUGCCAAGGAGGCCACACUGCAGCCUCUACUACAGGACAUUCUCCAUGCUCUGCCAGCUUUAAUUCAGACAGCGACCCCUCCCAGUGACCCAGCUGAGACCACACAAGUCCCACUGUACUGUGGCAGGACAAAGAUUUUCAUGACUGACUCCAUGCUAGAGCUUCUGGAAUGUGGACGUGCCCAGAUGCUGGAGCAGUGUGCCCGCUGCAUCCAGUGUGGCUGGAGGCGACAUCGUCUCCAAAAGCAGGAGAAACAGAGGCGGGCUGCCGUGCUCAUUCAGGCAGCUAUCCGGUCCUGGUUAACGCGGAAACACAUCAGAAGGUUACACAGCGCUGCCACGGUCAUCAAGCGCACUUGGCGAAAGUGGAGAAUCAGAAUGGCCUAUCUUGCUUCUAAAGAACUGGAUGGUAUGGAGGAUAAACCCAUGCCUCAAGCUCCCAGUUCCCUGAGCUCCUCGCUGUCCCCAGCACACACUAAACUACUAGAGGCAAUAAUCCACCUCUGGCCCAUGGGACUGGUGCUAGCCAACUCAGCUGUGGGUGUGCGCGGCUUUCAAAGGAAACUGGUGGCCCAUGCCUGCCUCCGGCUUCCCACGGGCAACCCUAGCAACAACGUCCAGACACCACAACAAGAUCAGGCUGGCAUUACGUCCAUCAGAGCGCUGCCUCAGGGCUCGAUAAAGUUUCACUGCAGGAAGUCUCCACUUCAGUAUGCUGACAUCUGCCCUGAACCUCCAGCCUCCAGUGUUACUGGCUUUAAUCAGAUUCUGCUAGAAAGACACAGGCCAGUCCAAGUGUGACUCUUGUACCCCACCUGCCUACGUGAUCUUUAGUGCCUUUGUUUCCAGAAGGCCGUUUCCUGCCAGCUGCCUUGCCAAAGACAUCUGAUCAACACACAACUGCCAAGCUAUUCCCACAGCGACUCCAACUGCGUGUGCAAGCAACAGCUUCUGUCUGUGAGCCAGGGCUUCGUGGUCAGAGUACCAGCCAGCUAGGACUAUGGCCUCGGCACUGGCAGGAUCUGGGAGUGCUAGUUACCAAGCCAAGAUUAGGACCACAACAUCCCAGCUUACUGUCCCCCUUCAGGCUCAGGUUCGGCAGAUGUGACUGUCCGUCCAGAAUGUCACUACAGCAGGAUAGAUACUGGGCCAUCUACAAGCACUUUAAAAUGGCCAAAUCACCCUAAAAUUGGCUCUAAAAUUUUGGCUGGGGAAAACUUACAUAUAGUUCAUUAAGGAACAAUGCUAUUUAAUAAACUGAUUUAUUUAAUGACACCAAGAACAAUGAGCAAUGCAAUGUACACAGAACCACAUCUUUAAUUUAUUCAGUAACACUAUCAAUCAGUUUUUAAUUCAAAAACUAAACCUGGAUAAACCUGGUAUUUAUGGUGUAACUCUGAACUGUACCAGAAAUAAAUUUAAAA